UCGGCAUGGCUCCUACCACCGCAUCAUUCCUCUCUCGAUCGACCAACACUCGCUACCAGUACACACAGUCAUGGCUGCACUUAAGGUUGUCGUCCUCCUUGUGGUCCUGGUGGCCGCCGUUUCAGCCCAGGAAGGAUAUGGACAUGGACACGAUGAUUACCAUGCGCACCCUCAGUACAAGUUUGAGUAUGGAGUCCACGACUCGCACACCAAGGACAUCAAGCAGCAGAGCGAGCACCGCGACGGAGGCCACACCGACUCCGAGUAUCAGGUGCUCGAGGCUGACGGCAAAAACACCCGCCACGUGAAGAUCACCGUCGACUCUCAGCCCAUCCACGGACACCACGGUUAAUCAAAUCGUUCCUCAUCCCGAUCCAAUCGACCUCCUCCUAUCGUUUAACGACAUCGGACUAAAUGUUAAGUUUGAACUUUAUUGUGAUUUUUCUAAUUAGGAAAUAAAUGUUUUUUUAAGAAAA